CACUUCUGUUUGCUAGUUGUAUUUUUUCCCUACUUGACCAGUACCGUUUGCUUCAGUCAGACUACACGAGCAGCUGCUCAGCACUUAAAGACCCUCCUGUCAUCUAUUCAACAGGUCGUAUCUUGACCGAGGCAAACUGAGUCUGAUUUGGCUGAGGAAAGAAUGAAAAGUUGACAUAAAGCUUACCCUCUCACAGACUUUAAAAAUACUUCGUAUGGUGAUAAUAAACCCGGACUAGCUUGCUUACAUGUCGUGGAAUUGUAAUGUUUUUAUUCCGCCUCUGCCCUAAAUGUUGCCUUAAACCGUGCCCCGCCUUGAGGCCUGGACAAAGUAACGGUGAGCCGGUGAAGAUGACUCACUUUUCUAUCAGGGGAGGUGAAUUAUCUUCUACACACUUAAGAGAAUUCAAAUCAGCCAGAUUACGUGUAUUAUAAUGCGCCCUGGUACCAUAUUUCAGAUUCUCUCUAAUGUCUGCAGAAUAUGUGUCUACAGUAUGAAUGGGAUCAUCUCAUUCUAUGUGGAAAAAUAUGGUACCCAGAAGAUCCUGGAUGUAGAUCAUGAUGUAGUCAAGGAAAAUAGCAUGUUUAACUGUGUAAUUGGUGGUUACGAUGUGGAGCUGUCAUUGUCAGUUGUCCUGUUCUAGAAUUUUUGAGUCAUUAUAUGUAUUAGAUUGUUGAAGGCUUUGCAUAGAAAAUGUGAGGUCCAAAACAUGAUUACAGUGAUAAACAGUAAAUUAUUAUUAUAUAAUGUUAAGAGCUUUUUAUUUGAUAUUCAGUUUUCAGUCACUAUUUUCCAAAAUCAUGUUCUGUGGUCUGUACUGUAUGUCGUAAUUCAGCAAAGUGAACUCAGCCAGCUUCAGGACCCUUCACUAUGACUCAGUUGCUGUGAUUCUUCAACCGGUUUAAACUACACAUCUACAGAUUAUUACACUGAGAUAUGAGAGAACUGUAAAUGUGCAACUUGGCUUGCAAAUCCAAGUGGGAAAAAAAGAAGGGGGCCCUGAGUCUUCAUUUGUUAGGUCAACUUAUGCAAUAUCUAAGGUGAAAUUCAAAUUCAGAAUAAAUAUGUUGCUGUAAAUAAGUUAAAAAUUCACAUCAAAAGAAAAGCAAGCUGUUUUAUUUUAAGCCAUGUCUUGCCUGGAUGUUGUAAUAACUGAUGCAUCAUGCUGCUCAAUUAUAGCUGAUGAAUAAUAUCUUCUACUGGCUUACAUAUUGUGACUCAACUUCAGACAGGCUGUUGGACACCACAGCCACGUUGUAAGUUGUCAGUAUCCACUGAGAACAGCUUUCCCACAAUAUGUUGUUCAGCAUUGCACUUGGCCACUGCACACAUAUAGCUGUGGAAGACUCAGUUGCUAUGUGGCGUCUCCUGCUUCCAGUACUAAUGGAAGAAUAAACAUGCUGCACUAUUGCUCCAGUCAAGUUGCCUGUAAAAUUUGUAUCAGUUAGUUCAAUGUGCAUACAUAAUAGCUUAAAAAAUAAUUACAGCCAUUGUGUAAGAGAAUUCAUUUAUGAAAGUGUAAUAAAAUUUGUAUUGGAGCCUGUAGCUCUGAAACUAAUUUAAUUUCAAAUUUGACAAGCUUCAAAAGUUGCAGUGGGAUAUUUUGGAGUUUUGACUGUUGCUUUUGGUUCUGCUAAUUUGAGAUUUUUUUUUUCCACAAUUUUGACAUACAAAACUAAGUAAUUAAAAAAAGAAGAAAAACAUUUGUUGCAGCUCUAGUAAUAUGGGUACCCAUUUAGUUUGUGUGCUGCUAUGUCAUGUAAUUUAUAUAAAUAAGUAUUUGUACCAGGCAAAACUACAUUGGGCUGCCUAAAAAGAAGCAGGAUGAAACCACAAAUCCGUUAUUAAUGUUAAAGAUUAGAUUCUUUUUUUUUUAAAAGCUCUAGACUCUUGUUGAAAAUCAAAGUAGAUAAAAAGCUGACUCUGAACUACACUGAACCAUCCUUUGUAAAAUAACUAACCACCAUUCAAUAACAAACUUGACACUGAACAUACUAAUCUGAUGACGCAAACUUGAUUCCGUUAAGAACGCGUGGCUUGUGGCUACUCUGUCGUGGUCCAAAAAUAACACCAAUAGAGUCUAUAUUCAAAAAGUUCAAAACAACUUUGCACAAGCUGUCUUGGACGCCCUUUGGUGUAUCUUUCCAAAUAGUACAUGCAGUCCCCUUUAGCUGCACAGUUAACUUCAACACAGUGUUUAAAGGCUUGCAUGAACAUCUUGAAUUUUAAAGGGUCUCCUUCAAAGACUGGUGUCUCUCUUGGUGGAAGUUGACUUGACCUCUGUUGUUGUAGUAGCAGUUCAGAUACUUGAUUUUGCUUCUGUAAAAUCUGAAGUAUGCUGUUAUCAGCUGUAUGUACAACAGUUCCAUCCUCUUUUCCACUUCUUUCCACUUUUGACAGUUACAUGUAAUGUCUUAUUUUCUGUCGAACCUUGCAUUGGGAUUAACAUUUGUUCACUUUAGUGCUUUUCAAAGUAGGACUCCAUUCCAUCCUGUUCUCCUGAAAAUGCUUGCAACACAGACACUUCUGCACUGCAGCUUCAAUCUGAGCCUCAAGGUCCACUUGCUCCAUUUGUUUGCGUAGUGAUUCUGCUUGUGUCUCCAGUUCGUCUCUUUUUUUAGUGAAUCUGCAUGUGCCAGCAGCGCAGCUCUGUUAGCUUCAGCUUGUGCCCGUGCCAUUGAGGAUUUGUGGGAUCUGUUUGAUCUCACAGAUCCUGCGCAGGUUGUUGCUGAUCCAACAUUUGAUAUACUUUUGGUGUUAUUUUAUCCUCAAUGCUUUUCUCAGCUCCUUCACGUGCACACUCCAAAUAUUUUGCGACACGUCGAGAGACUUCAUCCACACCCAGAAGUUUUGCCUUGAAUCAUAUUUCAUGCUUUUCUGUUUCUUCCACAGGUAACAGCUUGAGCAGGUCAUUAUGUGCAGCUUUUGCAUCGUUAAGCAGCACUUGAUAUUUGUUAAAGCUGCUUUCUAUUUCAGCUUUAUUCCCAGGUUCAAACAACAACAACUCCUGAAUUGACCUUUUUAAUUCAGCAGCUUUACUCAGUUUAAAUUUUCUUGUUUUUUCUAAAUCUUCUGUUUUACAAAGUAGUGCUUUUGUGGUAAGUUUUACUUUUCUUUUUGUGACUGGGAGUUCAGCCUCUAACAGUCUGAGAUUCAGCAGUUACUUCUACUGCCUCAUUCAUCAUUUCACACAAAUCUGAAGUUACCUUGAUUAUCAGUUUGAACCUUCGAACCACCUUCAGUUUCAGACAUUUUUUAACCAUUUGUUCAUCAACCACAGUUUUUCGUUUAAAAGUUGCUUUUUCAAAAGUUCACACCAAUACACAACGUAAAUUAUGUCCAUGAAAAUAAAGUCUCUUCCUCUGAAGUAGUGUCUUGGAUAUGAAAUAAAGUUUAUUUUACUUUGUUUUCACCCAGUGCAUUGGUAUUUCAAAUAGAUAGUUGUGUGCACACUUUUGUAUAAUGGCCAUAUGUAUGUGUGUGGUACCUCCUUUAUUAGACCUCGAUCCAAAAGAAACCUUUCCUCGUCUGUCCGCCGCCGUUGCGCCGCCGCUGCCCCGGAGUCUCCAGUCUCCGUCCGCUGCAACGCGUCCAGACGUCCACACCUUGCCAAUGGGUGGUCCACUGCCCGGCCCCGAUCUCCGGUGCUCGUCGCUGCGCCCAAUGCAGCCGCGACUCCUCCUGUCGGGUCUCUCCUGCGCCCAGCCGUGAGCCGUGGCCGUGGUGAAGAUCAGCGUCGUCUAAACCACAGUGUCUGGAUUACAGCUGGAUCGCAGCGUUGCCGUCCUCGUCGCACAACUUAUAGUUUCGAUACGAUCAAAUAGAGAUUGUUGUUGACUAAUUGAUGACGCAAACUUGAUUCCGUUAAGAACGCGUGGCUUGUGGCUACUCCGUCGUGGUCCAAAAAUAACACCAAUAGAGUCUAUAUUCAAAAAGUGAUUGGCCAAACUCACAAUUAUGAACGGAUUCAUCAAUUUAUUUACCUUCUGGAGUUCAUCAAAAGUAACAAAGAACAAAGACUUUCCAAUAAACUGUGUCAUGCCACGCCACGGUCAAAAACAAUUUAGCUCCCGUUUUGCGCCACACCUGUGGCAAUUAGUGUGGCCUUUAAAUACACAGGUAACUAAUUCACAGCACCACUUGCUGGUUACUGAUUGAAAUGGCUCCAACACUAUCAGAAAAUCUCUCAUUGCCAUGAGGGCUUCACAUUAAUACCGAUCACAACGUGGCUGCAUUAAUGUUACUUCUGUUGGUUGUGAUUUGUAUAUAGUAUCUAAACAUGUGUCACAGUUUGUUUUAUUUAUCUUACGCUUUCAGUUGGUAUAUGUCUCCGUGUCACAUCGCUGAAACUACCCAGUCAGAGUGGAACUGAGGAAACCAGCCAGACGUUGCCACCAUGUUGGAGGAGGAUAUGGAAGUUGCCAUCAAAGUGGUGGUGGUUGGCAAUGGAGCUGUUGGCAAGUCCAGUAUGAUUCAACGUUACUGCAAGGGCAUUUUCACUAAGGACUACAAAAAGACUAUUGGAGUGGACUUUCUGGAACGGCAGAUACUAGUAAAUGAUGAAGAGGUGCGACUAAUGCUGUGGGACACUGCUGGCCAGGAGGAGUUUGAUGCCAUUACUAAGGCCUACUACCGGGGAGCCCAGGCAUGUGUGCUCGUCUUCUCUACCACAGACAGGGAGUCGUUUCAGGCUAUUGACAGCUGGAGGGAGAAAGUGGAAGCAGAAGUUGGGGAUAUUCCCACGGUUCUGGUGCAAAACAAAAUUGACCUUCUGGAAGAGACUGUUAUUAAAAACGAGGAGGCAGAAGCUUUGGCUAAAAGGCUUAAGCUGAGAUUUUAUCGGGCUUCGGUGAAAGAGGACCUUAAUGUCAAUGAGGUGUUUAAGUACUUAGCAGAGAAGUAUCUUCAACGACUCAAACAGCAAACAGCAGAGGAGACAGAGGUGGUUCACACAACAAGCAAUAAAAUAGGUGUUUUUAAUACCACAAGUAGUAAUGUCCACAACCAGAGCUCCAGCAACGGCAGAGAAGUCAUCACUUUGCGACCUAACAAACAGAGGACCAAGAAGAACAAAAAUCCUUUUGGAAGCUGCAGCCUACUCUAGAAUGACUGACUGUUAUUUCUAAGAUUGGUCAUAGUUGUAUUCUUUGGAGGGAGCCACAGUUAGAGACCAAAGCCCACACAGACUGGGAAGUACUACACUAUACUACUUUAAUAACCUGAUGUUUAAUCUGUAUCCUGAGUUGUUUCCCCACAUUGGUGGUUGUAUUUCCUUUGAUUCAGCGUUGGUUCUUCAUCAAUGAUCUGAGCACAAAGCCUGUCAACCUUUGUACACACUUGGGUUUUCCUUGUGGUUGCCUUAAGAAUCAGCAACAGCUGCAGCUACAGUAUAUUGUGUCGUUGAAUAAACUGUUGCAGUGCCGUUCAAAACGAGCCUGUUCAGAACCACAUGGUGAUAACAGAUAGCAGGACAGCUGAUUGUUACAAUGGCAGAUUUACACAACCAGUUGUACCUAGUGCAAUUGUAGCGUAAACUCAACUUUAAUUAGUCAUAAUGUUUCUCUUCUUUUGUUUCUCGCAAACUGCUUGUCCAAACGUCGGCACACUCAACACUGCAGUUCCUUGGGUCCUCAGCAAUACACCCGCCAAGUGUGAGGUAGAUUGGAUAAACAGUUGUCGAGAAACGCAAAGAACAAACACUUACCGAGGCGCUUUCAUUUAUUAGUGAGAUGAUGCCCUAAACAGGAUACGUUAUGGCUGUAAGUGCAAAUGGAUGUCCCCCAAGUUACAGAGGAUUUUUGUAAUACAACUUGAACCUUUCAUCAAAAUAUGUAAAAGCAAAGGUUGCACUCUUACUCUAUGGAAGAAAAAAAAACUCCUGUACAUGAUUUUUAAAGUCACUCAUUCCUGUGUUUGACAUUUCAACUGUGCAAUAUGUUUGCAUGUAUUAUAAAAGAUAUACACAUUAUUUUGUACCAUAUUUUUCUAACUAUCAACAGAAUAUGGUUCAAACUAUACUGUUUAUCCCUAUCGAAUUCAGAGUUUAAUGUGUAAGUAUUUUUGUACGAAACAACAGUGUUGAAUGAUAUCUCGUGCCAAAUUUCCUCUUUCUGAGCUGUGCUUAAAUAUUAACACUGCAGUGAUUUGGAUGUAACAUGAAAUUGAUAGAAUGUGCUCCAAUGUAUAACCAAAUAUCAGUAACCACUGACACAGAAAUAGCCCUUUGUAUGUCUGCUUACACUCCACUUAUUUACAGAUUUAGUAACCAGAUUGUUUUUGAUGUAAAGCACGAGUUAAAAAAUGAUACUCUUCCCUAUGAGAGUCAUGGUAUUCAAGUUUCAAUCAGUUACAAGGCUUUGGUUUUGAUUGCAAUUGUUUACAUUUUCCAUAUUUAACCAUUAUUUUUUGUUUACUUUGGUACAAAUAUGAGCUCAUUAGUCAGCCUCAGAGUUAAGUUUCACUACCUACAGUACACAUUCAGAUUCCAUAAUAUUUCUAACAUUUCCUACACUAAACAUGGUACAAGAUUAUUUUAGGCUUGGCUUGUGUAGUUCCUAUUAAUUUCUACGUUGUAAAUAUCAUUGUGCUGUUUUUUGAUUGAAAAAAGCAGGAGGAGUUGGGACACAAAGUUGGAAAGCUUAGUUGUGUCUGUGCCUGUGGUAUAGAGUCAAGGGCAGAAUGUAAACUAAUGCUCUCUGAAGGUGUUAGAAGCAGAACUGGAUAUUUUUGCAUUCGACGUGCUUAUGUGUGCCUGAAUAUGCAAGAAAAAAUAAGUUUCUUCUCACGACUGCAUCAGGGUACUCCCUAAAAGAUUCCCCAAAUGAAUGCUCAGUCUUCGAUACAGCUAGCUGUGAACUCAAUGUUACAUGCCUUGUUUGCCUCAAGCCUUUUUUUUUUUUUUUUCAAAAUUCAUUAUCUGGAGAACACUGGUUUACCAAGCACAAACAAAUGAUGUGAUGUAGAGAAGUCUUACAUUAAAUCUGCAGUCAAAUUAUUAGCAUUUCCUUAUUAGUAGUCAAAUUUGUAAGUAUUUUACAUGGAAUUAGAAUACAUAGAACAUCUGGGAAUACGUGUGCAUGCACAUUUUUUGUCUUUCUAAAAACAUUUGCAACUGAUCUCAGAUCUGAGUUCAGAUGGGACUGAAUUCAUUCAUUUUAUUCACUUAAGUCUGUUUUGAAAAUUCCUAAAGGUGCUUACAGUGUGUUCAACAGUUAAACCAUUGGUACUAAGAUUGUGUCACAUCUCAAGCUUUCUUAUUUGGCUGUAUGUAAACUGUGCUGUUUUGAGAAAAAAGAGAAAGUGGUAUAACUUUUAUGCAUGCAAGCCUUUUUUUCCCACAUCAGUGAAUGUUCAACCAUGGUUGCAAUGCCUUGUCUAUGUUUACAUUCUCCCUCUUUGACCACCAGUGAGCAUUUUAGUCCCUGCUGUGGCUGUUUGUUUAAAAUUUGCCUGCACAGUAAAUCUGUAAAUAAUAAUUUCUCAACUUUCUCUUAUUUGUAACAUUGUGUUUACCUUGUCUUUUGGCAGUUUGACAGAAUGAAUUUAGCGCACUUUAUCAUUGAGAUGGCAUAUAAUCUUAAAGAAUCAUAAGUUAAAACUAACCAUACUUAAGUGCUGUCACUCAGGUGUAAAAAACAUGUAUCUUACUUUUGAUCCGCUUUUUUUUUCCAACGUGACUUCAUAAACCAGUUUCACACAUUUAGAUAGAUAAACCAACACAUGAAUGCUUAGUUUGACAAAACCCGCAGUCGUUGCAGUUUUGUUAUUGCAGCCUGAAGUGUGCCACACAACUGCUCACCUGAUGUUGUGUUUGGGAGGUAAUGUUUGAUGGCAAUCUGACAUUAAUAAAUAAAACUUUACUUUUUUUCUCGGGCA